AUGUGUGACAAAAAGAAGUACUGCUGGUUCCACAAGGAUCACGACCAUAAUACCGAGGAUUGCAGGGACCUAAAGGAGCAGAUAGAGGAACUUAUACGAAAGGGGAAACUGCAGAAAUAUGUGAAAAAAGGGGAAUCCAGUAGAUUCAAGGACGACAACAAGAACCAGCACGAACCUUCGCCCAAAGACGAGGAUCACACAUCCCAACAUCCACCAAGUGUGAUCGGGGAGAUAAAGACGAUCACAGGCGGCCCUUCCACAAAUGGGUCGUUCAAGUCCCUCAGGAAGGCAUGCCAAAGACAGGUAAAUAGCAUCCACAAAAUGCCCCCAUUUAAGCAAAGACGGACAAACCGAGACAUGACUUUCUCAGAAGAAGAUGCUAGAGGAAUGAAGCAGCCUCAUGACGACCCCCUAGUCAUAAUGCUCAUAAUAGAAGUAUUCAAUACCAGAAGAAUCCUCAUGGACAAUGGCAGCUUCGCAGACAUCAUCUACCUGUCUACUUUCCAGCAGUUAAAGCUAGAUCCGAGAAGGCUACGCCCAUUUGACUCCCUUCUCGUCAACUUCAACGGAGAUAGGGUAUACCCUAAGGGAAUAGUGACAUUGAUGGUAACAGUAGGGACUUAA